CUGUCAGUGCUGGUCCUGCGGCUCGCCCCCACCCCGCGUGCCUCUCUCACUAUGGCGGUCCCACCGCAGAUGCGAGCUCUGCUCCAUGCGGUCAACGCACUGUUGCGCAAGCGCCGCUACCACGCUGCGUUGGCCAUGCUUAAGGGCUUCCGGAACGGGGCAGUCUACGGAGCCAAAAUCCGUGGCCCUCACGCGCUGGUCAUGACCUUUCUCUUCCGGAGUUGCAGCCUCCGGGAGAAGCUGCGGGCCAUUCUGCAAGCCACGUACACCCACUCCCGGAACCUGGCCUUCUUUGUGUUCACCUAUAAGGGCCUCUGCGCCCUGCAGGCCCAUGCGCAGGGCGAGACCUACCAGGUGCACUCGUUCCUGGCCGCCUUCUUCGGGGGCUUGCUGGUGUUUGGAGCUAACAAUAACAUCAACAGCCAGAUCAGCAUGUACCUGCUCUCACGAGCCCUGUUUGCCCUGUGCCGCCUGGGCGUGGAGAAGGGCUACAUUCCUGAGCCCAGGUGGGACCCAUUCCCGCUGUUCACCGGGCUGCUGUGGGGGCUGGUCCUGUGGCUCUUUGAGUACCACCAGCCCACUCUGCAUCCUUCCCUGCAGUCCUCCAUGACCUACCUGUACCAGGACAGCAAUGUCUGGCAUGACAUCUCAGACUUCCUCCUCUACAACAAGAGCCUCCCCUCGAAGUAAUGGGGGCCCUGAGGUGCUGAUGGGGGCGUCCACAGCCGAGAUCGGCUCCAUCGGCGAAUCCCCCUAAAGGAUCCUGCCUUCUCAAGAUCAUGGUUCUCAGGGGCACCUGGGUGGCUCAGUGGGUUAAAGCCUCUGCCU